AAUGAUAUAGAUCAAGCAGCGCCAUGGUUUGGAGUUUCGGGUACUUUGACUAUCCCUUCAUGGGAGAAAUUAGGAAAGGAUUUGCACCGUUUUCAUGAGGAGGGUAAGCUGUGCUGUGGGACUUUCCCUUUGUGGAAUUUAGUUCGAUCUUGCCUGAAGGAGGGAAAGUGUACAGACAUAGUGAAACAAGCGACGCAAGUUUUGCGGUCAUAUCAAGAUAGUGCUUCCGAAACAGGCAGUCAUAAGGCUACAGAUGAUAGGCCUACAAAAGUAGAAUUAGGAGAUAAUAAGGAGGAAAUGUGUGUUAAGAAAAAGUUAAAAUAUAGACAACCAGACGCCCAAGAGACUGGGCGAGAACCAUUGUAUCCGCUAUUGUCUGGCUUGCAAGCCAUGUAUUUAUCAGAUGAUGAGGAGCUAGAUCCCGGCGACGCUGCGGAUUUGGCAGAAGCUGCUACAAAAUAUGAGGAGGAGCAUUAUGGCCCUUUUGGGGCUUUGCCCCCUGCCUUAGGGAGUGUUGCUCAACCUAGGCGUUCUGCGCCUUCCAUUCCUUCCCCGAAAUGUACUUUUAUUCCCCGCGAGGCUUGGUUCCAAGUUCCUUCUUCUUUGUCCAAUGCAUUUCCAGUAUUUGAAGACCCGGCUACACGCCAGCGAUAUUAUGAUAUGAUAGAUCAUAAAUUAAUUAGAGAUCUUGCAGAAGCUUCCAAACGAGAUGGCAUCUCUGCUAAUUAUACUAUUAUGCUUUUGCAACGGCUUACAAGAAAUGCCUUGACCCCUACUGAUUGGCAAGAUAUUGCUCGUGCGUGUUUAACGAUGGGGCAAUAUUUAGACUGGAAGUCUAUUGUUUCUGAUUUGGCUCACAGCCAAGCGAGGGAAAAUGCUGCCAAUGGGCAGCCUGCCUGGAAUGUAGAUAUGUUAUUAGGACAAGGACAGUGGAUAAAUAAUCAGACUAUGUUCCCUGUACAAGUUUAUCAGCAAAUAAAUGAGAUUAAUAUGCAUGCUUGGCGAGCCCUCCCAAAUAAAGGGGAGGUGUCAGGGAAUUUAACAAAAAUAAUACAGGGAGGCACAGAGCCAUUUUCUGAUUUUGUAGCCCGAAUGAUGGAAGCGGCGAGAAAAAUUUUUGGUAAUGUGGAUGAGGCGAUGCCUCUAGUAAAACAACUUGUUUAUGAACAAUGUACAAAAAAAUGCCGCCGAGCUAUUACACCUUUUAAAGGAAAGGACAUUGAAGUGUGGAUGAAAGCUUGCAGGGAGAUUGGAGGCCCUUUGUCUAAUACAGGGCUUGCCGCUGCGGUAAUGGCAGCUGCUAAAGGCAUGCAAGAUCCUGUGCGGUCUGGGAAUUGUUUCCAUUGUGGAAAACCAGGACAUUUAAAGAAACAAUGUAGAAUGUUAGGAGUUAAACCCCAAUUUUAUAUGCUAGUGAUUGCUCUAUGUAUACUCCUUGUAUAGAUCCGCAGAAUAUGGAUUGGAUAUCAUAUAAUGGCAGUUCUGUUAGAAUUAAUAGAACCCUUUGUUUUAGUUGGGAUUUAAAUGUAAGCUGUAUAGGCUUGUUAUGGAAAAGACUUGUUGCCUGGGAUAAUCCAUUGAAACAUAAUCAAAUGCCGUUUAAUAUGCUGUCUGAAGCCCUAUCCAAAAUAUCUUUAGGUGCUCAAUCUGGCUCAGGUGAUGGAGCAAAUGGCUCAGAGUUAAUGAAUGUGACUACUUUAUUAUUUUAUCAUGAUGGAGUGAUUCCUGUAAGGAAUAAAAAAGUUAAUCAGACCAGGGGAAAUAACAUGUUAAAUUUUUUAUCCUGUGUUCCAAAUGUUAGGUACCCUCCGGUAUUUACAUCUUGUGCUGGUAAGGAUUCUGCAUCGUUGCAAGUUGCCCAUGGUUUUCGAUUAUCAUUUAAUAUAAAGUCUUUUGUGGGCAAGAAAGAAUGUAAUGCUUCUAAUGUUACCUGGUAUUCUGAAGGGUGGCCGUUUUAUUCUUGGGUUGUGACUAAUGAUGCUGGCGCUAGCAUGGAUCUUUCUGCAUUGGCCAUGAUUUAUUCUAGUAAUGGCACCUUGUAUAAUGUAAGCGGGGAGGUUAAAUUAACUAAUUUAAAGGUAGCUAAUAAAAGUCAAAUAUAUAAAUUGAAAUUACGUAAUAUACUAAAUUCUUUGUAUAAUUAUUCCAAGCCUGCAGCUGUGAUAUGUGUACAACCCCCUUUUAUGUUUUUAUUGUCUAAUGAUACAGAAGGAUGUAAUAAGGGCGUUUCUUGCUGGAUUUCACAAUGUUGGAAUGGAA